AUGGGCGACCAGCAGCAACAGCACCAGCGGAUUCCGGUGGCGCACCACGUCGUCAAUGUCAAAAUUCACAUCCCCUUCAACCUCACCCUCUCUCCCCCCAACUAUACCGCAUGGCGUGAGCUCUUCCUCGUUCUUGUCAGCUACUUCUCCCUCAAAACCCAUCUAGAUGGCCCUAAGCCGCCCGGCGCCUCCUGUAAUUGGGACCUCGAUGACUUCACUGUUGUCUCCUGGUUGUACAGCAUGAUCUCUGAAGAAAUCUUGGGCAUUGUCCUCAGCCCCGGCGCGACUGCGCAUAUGAUUUGGACAAGCAUCGAUGACCUCUUCUGCAACAACAAGAAAAUGUUCAGCGGCACCGCACAAGGGGAUUUACCUGUUCUAUAG